AUGACUAACGAGAGAGACCAGUUACAUACCAGCUACAACACCAUGACUAAAGAGAGGGACCAGUUACAGACCAGCUACAACACCAUUACUAAAGAGAGGGACCAGUUACAGACCAGCUACAACACCAUGACUAAAGAGAGGGACCAGUUACAGACCAGCUUCAACACCAUUACAAAAGAGAGAGACCAGUUACAGACCAGCUACAACACCAUGACUAAAGAGAGGGACCAGUUACAGACCAGCUACAACACCAUGACUAAAGAGAGGGACCAGCUACAGACCAGCUACAACACCAUUACUAAAGAGAGAGAUCAGUUACAGACCAGCUACAACACCAUGACUAAAGAGACAGACCAGCUACAGACCAGCUACAACACCAUGACUAAAGAGAGGGACCAGCUACAACACCAUGACUAA